AUGUCUACCCCGACAGACACACCUAUUCCAGAAUCAUCGGCGGAGCGGUCCAGAUGGGCUUGCACGCCGUGCAGACAGCGAAAGGUGAAAUGCGACUCAACCCUGCCUGCAUGUUCGACAUGCGUGGCGAAGGAGCUGGACUGCGUCUACUCCCACAAACGGCUCCGCGCGCCCACCAGCAGAAAGUCAGGUUCUAGCUCCCGUGCUGGUAUGAUCAGGAGACUACAGCAGGUUGAGCAGAUGGUGCAAAGCUUGACACCCGGCAACAAGGUCGAAAACGUUGCUCACCUGCCGAGCUCGAGACAGCUCCACGUCUCUCCACUGGCCCACCUGGGGUUCGAUACUCUGUGCGAAGAGUCGUACGUAACGAGUCCCGAUGUGUUGUACCGUCUCAUAUGCCGCGACGCACUGCCGAUGGCUAGAAUAGGAGCGCCUGAUCAGCCAGUUGCUAAGUUCCAAUAUCAGAGCUCAUGCUGCAUUUUUGAUGUUCUUCACAUCAAAUGCGUAGAUUACAUGAUCGGCAACCAAACGUUUAGCAAGCUGUGCAGCAGAUCGCUGCAUCCAAAUUUCCCAAGUCUUAAUCUUUCAGUGGGGCCGAUGCAUCCUUUACCAAUGCUAGACACGGCACUGCAGUGUCUCAGAAUCUUCCAAGAGUCGGUGAACAGCGACUUCCAGUUCUUCCGAAAUGAGGAGAUGGAGGGCGUAUUGCAGAACUAUGUUCAAGGACAGUCUUGUCCAAGUCAGGGUGUCUACGCAGCCAUCAGCAUGGUUUGUGCAUGCGCCUCGUGGACGUUGCAUGGCGCUCAGAAUGCGAUGACGGAAAGGCUUGUGGAGAACGCCAUGCGGGUGCUGCCUGGUAUCAUGAUGGAGGUACCCGACACAUUGGCAGUUGGCACGCUGCUCUUGAUGAACUAA